AUGAAACCCACGUCUAUUAUGGAAAUCGCCGUCCUCGCCCUCUCAGCCCAAGCCACGGCUAAACCAACAUCCUGCUCCACCGUCUCCCCAGUGACACUUACCUUCUACGGAUGGCCCGACAACGACCCGCCUAGCGCGGAGAUAGCGUAUGACUGUGGACGGGGGUAUAAAGCUGGAGGAAACGGGACGUACAACAACCCUCUAACGGCAGCAAGUGCGCCGGGUGAAUUCGAUGAAUGCGAGAUUGUCUAUCUGCCGUAUAUUCAGAGAUAUGUAAGGGUUGAAGAUACGUGUGCGACGUGUACCACAAACUGGAAUAAUAAGCAGCACCAUAUCGAUAUCUGGAUCGAUUCAACGGAUUUUGAUGAGGGUGGAAAGGUGACGGAUUGUGAGAAUACGUUGACGCCAAAACAUGGGAUUCGAGUGAUUCGGAAUCCGGGGGAGAAGUUUAGGGUUGUGGAGGAACCUUUAUAUCUGGACGGAAAGUGCUAUACCGAGCUUGCGGGUUAUAGUAAUACGGAUUCUUGCGCUGAUGCUGGUCCUGGGCCGUUUGAUGUCGGGGAUGGCCAUGAGCAUGAGCAUGAGCAUGACCAGCACCAUGAAGACGACAAUGGCGAUGAAACGACCUCCACAGCAAAAUCUAUCUAUAAUUCAGUCCGGGAUUCUAACCUUGGAAUUCGAAUUCUAGUGCUCACCGUUGCUUAUUUCCUUUUUCAGUAG